GGACAAGCUGGAGCAACCGACGAACCCGAACAGUUCCCCAGGCCAAUUUCACCGGCCCUGUUGACCCCGUUCGGCUAUGUACUGCACACGGAAUAUUUCCAGAUAGUGUCAUGCCGGUUGAUCGAAGGCAAGCAGCUGUAUUCGCGGGCGCAUUCGCCCUGCGGCUUCUUCUCUUGGUCCUUUUCCCGUCGCUCCCCGACUUAUUGACCGGAAGAGUUGAGGUAUCGACACCGGUCAGCAGCUUCAAACGACUUCAGGAAGGUCUUUUUCUAUACACACGGAAUGUUUCCCCUUAUGACGGCGGCGUCUUCCAUCAGGCGCCGCUUCUUCUCCCUAUCUUUGCUUUGCUUCCGAACGCCCGAGAAUUUCCCUUACCGACCGCCUUUUUCUACUCAUUGAUCGAUCUCAUAAACGCGAACGCUUUAAUCACGAUAUCCGAUUCUGGACAGGCAGUCUCGGGGAGGUUAUUCUCAGCAUUGCGGAAACAUAUCAGAUGGGAUGGGGUUUCUAUUGCAGCAUGGUUUCUGUUCAACCCGUUUACUAUCGCAACAUGCCUGGGCCGGUCAACGAGCGUCUUUACCACCACCGGGAUCCUAUAUGCACUGUCAAGUGCCGUCGGCGGAAAUAGUCUUAACGCUAUGCUUUCCUUAGGAUUUGCGUCAUACUUAUCGAUUUACCCAGCCCUCUUGUUCAUCCCUCUCGUGCUUCUCUGUUAUGACCGACGUGCUCAAGGACCAAAGCCACCGUCUGGAGUCGCCAUCUUCGCCGUACAACAUAUGGCAAUCUUCUUGUUUAGCAUAGCCGGUCUACUUGGAAUCUCUUGCUUAAUAGUUGGAGACUUCUCUCAGUUUAUCUCUGCGACAUAUGGCUUCCAAUUACUUGUUCCUGAUUUAACACCUAACGUCGGCCUUUGGUGGUACUUCUUCAUCGAAAUGUUCGACUCGUUCCGGGAGUUCUUCCUUGGGGUUUUCUGGCUUCAUCUAGCGGCAUACGUUGGGGGACUAACCGUACGGCUGCGGAGGCAACCUCUCUUUGUUAUCACGUCUCUGUUGGGAAUCUUCGCUGUCUUCAAACCUUACCCUAGCAUCUCGGACGCCUCGUUAUACUUCGCCCUUCUGCCUCUAUAUAGGCAUCUUUUCCCUCUAAUGCGCUACACUUUCUUCGCGGUGUCAGCUCUUUUGUAUGCCACACUUUUGGGCCCCGCGUUCUAUCACCUAUGGAUCUAUGCCGGCUCCGGCAACGCCAACUUCUUCUACGCCAUUACCCUGGUUUGGAGCUUAGGGCUAUCGAUAUUACUGGCAGACACCAUUUUUGCCGUGCUCAGAGAUGAGUGGGAGCAGGAGAAUCCCGAAAUGCGAGGCAAAGAGGCUAGACAAGUUUAAGAUAUGGUAUCAUUAUCACAUAUGAAUACAGCAACCCUGAUUGCGAACACGGUGGCGUGUAUCAAUAUUUUCCAGACAGUCAUCACCGUUUAGACCGCAGCGACUUAGACAGGAUCAUAUAGUCCGGCUCCUUCACCAUUCCGUUUCGCAGUACGCGAGGUGGUGGAGAAAACUCGUCCUCGGUGAACCCAAGCUUAUAAUAAAAACUUACUGCUUUGUCAUUCGAUCUGAAGACAGUCAGCAUCACUUUUACCAGGCCGAUACGUCGCCCGAUGUUCGCCAACCGUAUCAUCAGCUGCGAACCAAGUCCCUGGCCUUGAGCCUCCGAGGACAAGUGGAUUUCAUAACAGUAAACCACCUCUUUCCCAUCCUCGUACGUGACCAUAAACGAGGUAAACCCUAGGAAUUGUCCGGUGGGGGAUACAGUGCUCCCUUCCCCUUUUUCCAUGUUCUCAGGAGUUGUUUUCGGACCCCGUCGCAAAAUCAAAUAUCUCAUAUCAGGCAGUCGCAUCUCCUUCAUUUUUUUCUUCGGAGACCAUCCCCAGCUAGACCCUUUGUAGGCAUCUGAAGACGUUUCUUCAAUCAAUCUAAAGCAAGCCUCAAAAUCCGCAUCCGGAAUAGAAUCAGCGGUGUAAAUAUCGAGCGAGUAAUGUAACUCUUGCUCAUUUUCCAACGCAAUCGUGUUUUUAGUAGGGCUUCUCCG